AUGAAGAGACCAGCUACUCUUACUGCUGUAGCAGUUCUGCUCAGCGUAGCUGUAGCUCGUGUGGUACCAUCAAGUCAUGUACGGCAUGAGGUACGUGACGGGCUCUUGAACUCUCAUUGGACAAAGAAGAAUCGCAUUGAAGGAGCGACCACAGUUCCAGUGCGAGUUGGCCUGACCCAAAGCAACCUCGAUAUUGGCGAAGCUUUGUUGAUGAAUAUAUCUCAUCCCAACUCAGAGCACUAUGGAAAACAUCUCUCAGCGUCUGAAGUGGACGAAAUGUUUGCGCCGUCAAAGAAGAGGAUAGAUGCUGUUACUAAGUGGCUCAAAUCGGCUUUAAGCGACAGAGUGAUCAAUCUAUCUCGAAGUCGCCAAUUCCUGGAACUCAAUGCCACGGUUGCAGAACUUCAGGAUCUCCUUCAUACCGAUUAUCACGAGAAGAGGGACGAGACAUCCGUUCGCAGUUUUGGUCCAAUGGUGCCUAAACUGACACCUACACUGACUAUGCGACCGGAACAUCCCGGUGACCUUUCGAACUGCUCCUCUAUGGUCACCCCUGAGUGUGUCCGCGCGAUGUAUAACGUAGCAGAUAAGCCCAAGGGGCACCCAAAUAAUUCAAUCGGCAUCUACUCAACACAAGGGCAGCAGUACAGUCCAGACAGCCUCAGCAUUUUCCUUAAGCUUUUUGCACCUGAGAUACCACAAGGCACACAGCCAGAGUUUCAAGGCGUCGAUGGGGCGCCUACACCCACUCCGCUACCGUAUGACGCUGCAGAGGAGGCCGAUCUUGACUUUCAAGCGGCCUACCCCCUUGCUUACCCAGCCAAGGUGGUUAAUUACCUAGUUGAUGAUUUCUAUUAUGAGGCUGGCGGUGGUGGCGUUAGCGGUCUCUUUAACACCUUCCUCGACGCUCUUGAUAAGUCAUACUGUACAUACUCUGCGUACGGUGAGACGGGCGACCUUCCAGGUGUUGACCCAACUUACCCGGACACGAGUGAAGGUGGCUACGACCAGCCGGAACAGUGUGGUGCCUACACUCCAACCAAUCGACGACAGUGCAAUGAGUGGAUGAAGUUGGGCUUACAGGGCGUUACUGUCAUCGUAGCUUCAGGAGACGGAGGUGUGGGUGGCUUUGGCGGCUCUCAAUGCUCCGAUGGACCCUUCGUCACGAUACAACCGGCAGACUGCCCUUAUGUUACCGCUGUUGGAGCGACGAAUCUCACAACUAGUAGUAUUCGUGGUAGCGUGAAGUUCUCAGAGAAGGCGGCAGGUUUCAGUGGAGGCGGCUUCUCCAAUAUCUUUGGGACACCAUCUUACCAAGCCAACACCGUCAACUCAUACUUUAGCAAUCACCCGCCACCUUACGACUACUAUAACAUCACGCUCAAUGCUACACACACGACGGGCCGGUAUAACCGUGGUGGUCGUGGCUAUCCCGAUGUUUCUGCCAUAGGAGUGAACUUUGCUACAUGGGUUGGAGUUAAUGAUGGUAUCACGCUGGCAGCAGGGACGUCUGCAUCCGCUCCUGUGUUUGCAGGCCUUAUUACACGCAUCAAUUCGUUCCGCUUGAAUGCGGGCAAGAAGCCUGUUGGGUUCAUCAACCCGAUGUUAUAUCAACACCCCGAAGCAUUUAACGAUAUCACGACUGGCCAUAGUUCGGGCUGUAGUACUGAUGGAUUUAGUGCUGUCGAGGGCUGGGAUCCGAUAACCGGCAUGGGAACGCCCAACUACCCCAAGCUGAAAGAAGUUUUUUUGAAUAUGCCAUAG